UGGAGCUACGGCAAGCCACUUGGUCUCUAAAGGCUGCGACUCAUUAUUGCUGUUUGCAGCCGACGGCUAAAUAAACAUAACUGUCCACGGAGUCGAGUGAACGCGUCAUUUUCCAGCAGAAUGAGGAGUGGCAGGUGCAGUGUGCAGUGGGGGGGUCUGAUCGUCCUCCUGUCCUGCUGUCUGCUGUGUGUCCACUCUCAGGUGGAUCCCCAGCAGCACCCGCCGGUCUUAGCGCAUGUCUCCGGUCACGGUCGCCUGGACAAAAACAUGAUCCAGGACAAAGACCACAUCAUGGAGCAUUUGGAGGGAGUGAUCGACCAACCAGAGAAAGACAUGACACCCCAGGAGCUCCAGCUGCACUAUUUUAAGAUGCACGACUACGAUGGCAACAACCUGCUGGAUGGGCUGGAGCUUGCCACAGCGAUCACACAUGUACACAAAGAGGAGAGAGGAGAGGACAGCCAGCCAAUGAAAGAGGAGGACCUUGUCAUUCUCAUCGACGAUGUCCUGAGAGACGAUGACAAAAACGACGACGGUUACAUAGAUUAUGCAGAGUUUGCCAAAUCGCUGGAGUAAUGUGUCGCCUGGUUGUGGACGUCCUCUGAGUCCGACAACGACAUCAACAACAAGAAAUCUGCAGAUGAGUAGGCGAACUGAAAAGCUGCCACCAAGCGGUCUAGAAACCCAUUGUUUAAUCUUUUCUUUCCAUCUCGCAGGCGAUCAAUAAGGGUUAUUGGUAAUUUCUUUCUGAGCUUGUGAUACUUCCGUUUUCCUUUUUUUUUUUACUCAGCAACUUAGCUGGGAGCAGAAAACAGUUAUGCUAGUAAGUUACUAAGCAACAAGAAAAAGGAGGAAAACAAAAUUGUCUUUUUUUUUUUGUUGCCUCUGACUUUUUUUCCUUGAAACCAUGCCUUUUUUAAACGUUAUUAUUAUUAUUAUUAUUAUUAUUUUUAAAUAAAGGGUCAGUUCCCCCAAUAUUAAGAGACACAGUCUUCUACCUAACCCUGACUAGUAAUUCUGUUUUAGUGAGCUCUCAAAAUCCCAAUACUUUCAUUGGGAACUAGUACAACCAGUAAAGUGGUAGCAGAGGUUUCAGUGGCAGGUACAUCGCAAAACCGUGGCAAAACUAAACCCCGAACUCUGUGCAUGGCCCUUUUCAUACAUACAUGGGCUCUGUAGUGUGCUUCUGAAUCUACACGUAGCCCGAUGGCAUCAAAUCCAAAUGUCAUCGUUGCUUUAAAUGGAGCUCAAUUUCCAUUUGAAACGGGUGACGUGUACACACUGGACUUAUUGGCACAAGCAUCGCGGUGCAAUACCCUUCACGGUGGCCCAAACGAUUCCCUCUGCAAACAAUUCCCUUUCAUUUGCUGUUUUCUUUUCUUCUGUUUUCUCAUGAUAACCAAAAAGUGGCCUUGACUUGCAUGUGAUAGAAGUUGUAUUUUUGAGGUUUGCGGGCAAAACAACACAUUGAAUGUCGAUAGCAGAUGUUUCUGGAGAUUACUACAAUUAUUCGAGCCAAUCGUGCGUCGUCCUCGACUGCGUCUGCGAGCCAGCUGAAGCUUGACGACGACGGUGAAUGUGAAGCGGCACCUCGCCGACGACUCGUGAUCACUGGAUCUGAAAGCACACUGGUGGACUCUGCUGCCACUGCAGUUGUUUAAUAAGCUGAUGUAUGUUAGCUACAAAUCAUUAGCUGCCUUUUUUUUUUUUUUUUUCAAAAUCUCUGUGUGAUUGAUGAGAUCCAUAUUUGUGCCAUCCAGUAUUGAUUCUUUAAUCGGUUCACGUUGUUGAUUUAUAUAUUUAAAAAAAACAAAGGAUAACAAAUGCAACUGCAUUGUUUCUGGAAUGUGAAAUAUUAAAAACUGUAAUCUACAGA